AAUCAAUGAUGUACUCAAGUGGGUUUAGAAGUAUGUGAGAGAGAGAGAGCGAGAGAAGAGAGCGAGGCUGAGAAACAGAGCAAUGGAGAGUGAGUAUUGAGUCUAGUGACAAAACCGCCCUUGGCCUCUGUUCUCUUCGUCCACCCAUACCUCUCCCUCUCUCCUCCCUAGAAAAAGAAACCCUAGAAGCUGAUCUCAGUUCACACUGAGUAAACACUGAACAGAGGCUCAUAUUCAGAGUAUGCAAUUACUCUGUAUUUCUCCAUCUUCCUUUUUCUUUUGUAGCUCUGCUGAGGAAUUCUGAAAACCCAGGAAAGUUCUCUUUCGAAGGACUACUUUAGCAGCUACUUUAGCAGCUGAGCUCAUAAUUCCAAAGCUACUUCCUUUUUUUUCUUUGGUCUCUGUUUUGGGGGCAUCUGUAACACAUGUAUUUGGGUUUGUUGGUCUGUCAAUGAGUUGGGUUUCUGUGGAUUCCUUUGGGGACAAUGGGGUGCAUGGUCUCGCGUCUGGCAGCGAAAUUCGCAUUCUUUCCACCGAGGCCUGCGACUUAUCAGGUGAAGAGGCGAGAAGGGGAUGGGAAGGUGGUGGUGAUCUCUUCUUCUUCUUCUUCCGCUGCUUCUUUGUCAGUCCCUCAAGAUGAUGGUUCGCUUGAUGUUUGGUUGCUUGACACCAAGCGUGGUAACAAGAUCGUAGCUUUCUACCUGAGGAAUCCUUAUGCUCGUCUCACUCUGCUUUACUCUCAUGGCAAUGCUGCUGAUCUUGGCCAGCUCUAUGAUCUCUUUGUGCAGCUUAAGAUCAAUCUUAGGAUUAAUCUCAUGGGAUAUGACUAUUCUGGUUUUGGAGCUUCAACUGGUAAGCCUAGUGAAUUUGACACUUAUGCAGACAUUGAAGCAGUAUAUCAGUGUCUUGAGACUGAGUAUGGAGUUAGCCAGGAAGACUUGAUUUUGUAUGGGCAAUCAGUUGGAAGUGGGCCCACAUUGUACUUGGCAGCUCGGUUGCCACGGCUGAGAGGUGUUGUUCUUCAUAGUGCCAUACUUUCUGGACUUCGUGUGCUCUGUCAUGUGAAGUUCACACUCUGCUGUGACAUUUAUAAGAACAUUAACAAAAUUCAGAAGGUGAAGUGCCCGGUGCUUGUGAUUCAUAGAUGGACUCUUGCACUUUUGGUACAUGUUUCUCCUCCGGGUCUAAACAUGUACUAGUGGAGCAGGUAUGGUUAUUUCUUCACACAAGUAAAGAUUCUUUCCAUUUUCUGUUAAUCCUCAAGGUUUGUAUCCUAUAUGGGAGCAGCUGAUAAGUGGUCCGACUAAUGGGCAUUGGCUAUGAGAUUGUAGCCGGGAAAUGAUCCUAGUCUAAAAGCUGUCCAGUCAACUGCAUUCUUUGGAUAGUAAGUAAAUUAGAUGGUAGUGUAGCAGGCUGUCAUUUCUCUUAUUAUUGAAUGUUCCAAUGCAAUAUAUCUUCAUCUCCUAUGUGGUAAUCAGAGAUCCAAAUUGAUGCUCUGUUGCGCGUCGCACAUAUGCAUGAUAAAGAUAUAUAGUCUUUCGGCUUGUUAGUGUUUCAUCAAAUGUUCCUUGUAAAUUAGAUGUUAGUCUCACAUAUUUAGUAUAUCAGGCCAAAGGUUAGGCAUAUUUUGAUGCAACUUGAUUGAAAUGAAUUAAUGAAAUGGCUCUUCCCAAGUCCCAAAUGUGACACUUAUUGGAUUGUCUAGAGACAGGUACUAUUGUGUUUUAUCAUGUCUUCAAAGUUACAACUAAAUCACUUUCUCUCUAUGAGGUGCUUCAUGUUUAUCUUUAUUAUCUUCACCUUUUGAUUUUAAGAGCUAACACGUGUGCAUGCCCGCCCACCAAACGUGGACAUAUACACACAUGAUCAUUUUGCUAAGACGUAAGUAAGGAUCUGGAUUGACAGAAGUUAGUUCAUGUUCAGGUGUCACCUAAGCGUCUAGGUGCCUUGGUCGCCUUGCAUGUAGGCGUGCCUUGGAUGUCUUGUUUGUGUUGCCUUGUGUCUAGGGCCCCCUCCAAUGCCUUUGGUCGAUGCCGUGACAACUAUGUACCAAAUUCAUGUGAAACAACCGUGUGGCAUAAAUUUUCCUUUUUCUUCCUCUAAACACAGACUGGGUGUAGCUUGGGAUCCUCUUCCUAAAACAUGUGAGAAAUUUUACCCAUAGUGAGACAAAUAAGUUGAUUGUCCUAAAUUGCCCCCCCCCCCACCUUUACUUCUUUUUUUUUUUUUUUGGGGGUUAAUCUUCCCCCUUUGUUCUUUUUUCUAGGGAAGAAGUUGCUUUGUCAUUUGGGGAGGGGGGGCUAGUGCGGAGAAAUUGAUGAGUAAUCAGGCAUACUUGGUAGAAAAACAAAACUGUCUAUGGUUUCAAUUGAUCCUGAUUUGGUCCAAUUCUGAUUCAAUGUUUUAUAUGAUUGACAUUAUAGUAUCAAUUUUUUCUGUGGCGCAGCCGUGCUUGCUACAUGGCCCAAAAUCAUGUGGGUCAACAUAAUUGUCUGUUUGCUCAUCUGUUCUGAGAGAUUUCAUUGGCCCAAUCUUACAGUACUGUUUGUGAUGGUUCUGUAAUUGGUUGAACCACUCAGCCUGUGAACUGUUGGUUGAGAAGGGUGAUGGCCUGACCAAAGUUGGUUGGGUGAUGGAUUGUCUUGGUGGUGGACGUAAUAGAUUUAGGAUACUUUGGCUUGAUUGGUCCAUAUGGUAUGUCAGGUGGACAGCCGGUACUUUAUUACAGUCUGUCGUUAUAAGCUUAUAGCUGAUCUGUAGUGGUGCAUCAGUUUGCAUCAGACACUUAUUAUAAUUAGCUACAACCCGGCAAUAUUUUUGCAUGGAUAUUUGUGCUCAUCCUUGCUUGGAAUCUACAUGUAGCUGACCUGAUUAAGUUGGGUUAAGGUUUUGGAUGUUGUUGUUGGCCUAUUUAGUUAAAGUUAACUGCUUAGCUAUAUUUACUUGACCUAGAAACAUAGCUCAUCUCUGUGUGAACCAUACGUACCAAAUGCCACCACUGGAGUUUAUCAUUGGCAUGCCACAAUAAAAUACCUGGGCAAUUAAUGGUCUUUCAAAUUUAAAUUUUAAGCAUACAGGAAAUUCUACUUCUAGAUUCUCCUUUACACAGCAAACUUUUGAGCAAAAAUGUGUUUUGGAAUCUCUGAGUGUUUCUCUAGUCUUAAAUGAAUAAAUCUUCUCAAACUUGUCUAUCUCAUUUUCGGAAUGCAAAUUUUUUGGUCUAUUGUAGAUCUUGAAGUUUGGUAGGUUAACAUUUUACAGGGUACAGAAGAUGAUGUAGUGAAUUGGUUACAUGGAAAUGGUUUGUGGCAUUUGGCAAGGGAGCCGUAUGAGCCAUUAUGGAUCAAGGGAGGUGGACAUUGCAAUUUGGAGCUCUGCCCUGAUUACAUUCGGCAUCUGUGCA